CAGGAAACUGUGCCACCCUUCCAGGUCCACUGGAGAGAGAGAGAGAAACUGAAGGGAAGGAUCGGGGCCUUUCAUUGGAGAUGGGAAUCAGAAAGUAGCAAAUAACAGAGAUCAGGUUGCACUUUUCAACAAAAGGCACAUAGCCACCUGAAGGAGAGAAGGGCAGUCCUGCACCUGAGGAUAAUGUGGCACUCUUCCUGAAGGGUUGUUUGGAGUUUGAAGAGCUCUCAGCUAUUUGAUCCUGGAGAUCUACAAGACACCUCUGCACGUUCUAACAAGAAGCAGAGGAGUGUGCCAGCCUAAAGCGAAGCAUCAGGGACAGUGGUUACAUAGACUGCUGAGAGUACGAGUGCAGUGACUCUUUCUCCCUGCCGAGGCUCGCACGGGACGACUCAUUCGACAGCCUGGACUCCAUCAGCUUGCGUUCCCAUCAAACCCCCUCACCUGAUGGCCUGCUUCCUCACGGCUACAGCGAUGGCCGUGGCAGCGAUUCAGAGUGCGACACCCCCCAGAGGAAGAUGCCAGACGUGCGCAAGGAUGACAUGCUGGUCCGGCGAACUUCCUGGAGUAAACCCCAGACUGCCAUUCCUUUCAACCAGUAUCUGCCCAACAAAAGUAACCAAAGCUCAUACAUACCUGCACCACUGCGAUGCCCUUGUGCAGACAGAGAUGACAGCUGCAAAAGCUGGAGUAAUGCAAACUCACCUGUUGGAGGAGAAAGACCUUUCAGAUUUAGCUGCUCAUCUAGUGUGUUUGAUGAUCCAGAGAGUGUAAGCAUGAUUGACAUGAGAAGUGAGGAAGAGUCUAUGUUGCUGCCCCAUAGUCAAGUUCGACAUGAUCUCAUGCACAACCAGUACAACAAGCUGAAAGAGGAAGAAGACCAUUGGCAGGAUGACUUGGCCAAAUGGAAGAGUCGCAGAAGAAAUGUGUCCCAGGAUCUGAUCAAGAAAGAAGAGGAGAGAAGGAUGAUGCAGAGACUGUUGGGUGCAGAUGGAGCAUCACAGAGAAGGAAAAGUAUCAAGACUUACAGAGAAAUAGUGGAGGAGAAGGAGCGUCGUGAACAGGAGCUGCAUGAAGCAUACUGGAACGCCCGCACACCAGAAGAAGCAGCUUCUGUGCUGCAGUGUUAUGCCCAGCGUUUUACCAUCAGUGAGGCAGUUAUUGAGUGCCUCAAACUCCCCAAGCUUCUGGAGAGGAGUGUGUCGGCUGACCCCACUCGUCACUCCUUUUCUUUGAGUGCUUCCAUAAACCCACUGCAGUACCUGAGGCAGCAGUCACUUCCCUUGGCCAAAUUUACAUCCAUGGUCGAAGCACGGGUGACGGGAUACAGCACAGAGCAUGAAUUCGUGGGAGAUGUGACAGCGCCCUCGCGGGGUCCAAAAGCUUACAACAGUGCUACUGCUGAAAUGAGAACAGCUAAGGUGGAUGAAAUAAUGUGCGUGACUGGAGAAAGAAAGGAUGCCAGCAAUAGCAAUAAGAAGGGAGGACCACAGAAAAACAAAGAAGCAGAAGAUGAUUAUCUGCGGUUCUUCCCAUCUUCUUACCAACACACAGCCUCAGACAUCACAGAUACUGAUAUGUCAGGGGUCCAGCCCACAGACCAGACUCUCUCAUCCAUGUGCACACAAGAGUGUUGCGAGAAAGACACAAAAACAACAGAGGUUGAAGGUGGAACAGUCCCACAGGCUGGUGAUGUCGCUUUAUUCCCAGAAGUGUUGGAGCUAAAAGCAGAAAAGAUAGAUCAAGAGCAGACAGAUAAGAUAUAUAUGAGUCAACCGGCCAUGAUUCAGUUUGACAACUCUGCUGUGCAGGUAAAUAAAUUAGCAACUGAGAUCCCACAGAAAUCAACAAAUCAAUCAGUACCAUCUAACCUUGAAUCAUACAUAACCAAAUCAGAUAUGGCAGAAAAAAAUGAAAAUGAAAGGAAGAUUCUAGAAGAGACCCUGACCCCUCUGGCCCCUCACCCAACGAUUGCACCAUCAGCCCUUCCCAAAACCCACAGCACUUUACAAUCCCAGCCUAAGCCAGAAAACAAACAGGGGCUACAGGAGAAGCAGAUGAGCUCUGGAACUUAUAGGCAAAGAGAAGUCGGCAACAGUGAAGCAGCCCAAAGACGGACAGAGAGUUUACAGAUUUCUCCCCUGCAAGGUUGUGGUUCAUUGGGUCAGAGAGGACAAGUAGACCAGAGCCAAGAAAAGCGGCCCACAUUACCGUCUAGUCAGGAUAUGCCACUGGGUAACAGACAGAGACCCCAGCAGAAUGAGACCUGGAAAAAGAAUACAUCUCAAUCAAAAUCUGGUGGAUGCAGGAGGUCUGACUCUGUAGAGAACAUUGGACCAAAUUCAUCAACAUCACCUUCAUUCACAGAUACACAACCAUCUCCAUCACCAAACAGGUCUGUUAGUGGGAAGAAACUUUGUUCAAGUUGUGGUCAUCCACUUGGCAAAGGUGCCGCCAUGAUUAUAGAGACUCUCAGCCUUUACUUCCACAUCCAGUGCUUUAAGUGUGGAAUCUGUAAGGGCCAGUUGGGUGACACCAGCACAGGAACAGAUGUGAGGAUCAAAAACGGUCUACUCAACUGCCAUCAAUGUUAUAUCCACUCCCGCUCCGCUGGUCAGCCCACAAACUUGUGAGCUCAUUGAUUUUGGGAGCAAAGAAAUCUACCCAUAAUACUGUCACCCCCAGUCCUCCCCCUAUACGCAUAAGUGAAU